CAACGAAGCAUUUGGAGCGACCUUCCUAUCCAAAGUAGCUUCUCCGGAGGGUUCGUAGUCGGGUGAGGGUAGCCUGUGCCGGAAUGGCUGCGGAGAGCAUCGAGUCAGUUGGUGUAGAGACCUCACCAAGUGCACCCGCUUGCGUGUCUAAUGUCAGCCCGUCCCGACCUGUCAAACCGCUCGACGUGUCGUCGGUAUACACGCGUUAUUCGAUAUUUUAUCCAUUUACACUUCGACACGGGAGAUGUAAAAUGUCGCGGCGAGAUGCCGUAAGGCAAAUCGGCUCGUGAUAUGAUCGAACUGUUUGGCAAAAAGUCUCGGAGAAAACGAUACCGUCGCACGCGCCGUCCUACGCGCGAUUUUGUUUAUUCAACAGGAUAAACGAAACCUCAGGCUUCGACAUUUCACGCGCCAGUGUCUUUAGUAGUUCUCUUCAAAUGACGAUUUUCGCAAUUACCAUCCGCUGUUGGAGCUGCCAGUUUUGACAAAGCUUCUAGUUCCCUUUCUGGAUUUAUGUCUUUCCCACCUGCAAUGAUGUCGUACGAUUAUCCUCAUCCGGUCUCAAGAACGUAUCAAUACAAGAAGAUAACAAAGCCGCUUUUGGAGAGGAAGAGGCGAGCGCGGAUAAACCGUUGCCUCGACGAACUCAAGGAUCUCAUGGUGGACGCAUUGGAGACCGAGGGCGAGAACAUCAGCAAGCUGGAGAAGGCGGACAUCCUCGAACUGACGGUGCGUCAUCUGCAAAAGCUGCAAGCCUCGCGACCCUCCGGAUUAUCGGCGACGAUCGCGAGCGGCGACGAAAUUUCCGCGGAGAGCCGCUGGCAGUCCGGCUUUGGGCAUUGCGCGGCGGAAGCCUGCAGAUUUCUCUCGUCGCUUCCAGGUGAAGCCGCGGAGAGACUUGCGAGACACCUCGCAGCUGGUCUCCAAACGGGCCGGCAGACAAAUUCACCGCCGAAAGCCAACCUGUUAUCGCCUACCCUCGCCAAUCUGGAUCACAUUGCCAGCGUCGUGGCACCUUGUCCCGUCGGCACCUCCGGCGAAAUUGACUCGGCGAUACUCUCCACGAACACGUCGCCGAUAAGAUCCACGCCUCACGCCGAUAAAACUCCGAUCCGCGACGCGGGCGCAUCGGCGACGAUCGCUUCCAGCAUGCCUCGAUGUCGGGCCUCGAUGUCGCUCGUUAACGGCGAUGAGAAAUUAACAGCAAAUUGCAAUGCCAAAUCGAAAAGCCUGAGGGACCGAGGAUCGCCGACGACGGCAACGACAACGGCGACGGCGACGAUAAUAACGACGAGGAAUAAAACGAACGAUCCGCAUGACAUUAAUGCCGAUGACGAUGAAGAAAUCGAUGUCGAGCGCGUGGAUGACCGCGACCCGAUGUGGAGACCAUGGUAGCACGCGAAGACACUUUGUAAUAAAAGAUCGAUGAUAUGCAUUCGGGCAUUCCUUAUACAGACUGUCUGGGUACUUGUGGUCGUUUAUUUUAUUAUCUAUGUUGCCUUGACUUAUUAUAGGGAAAGUCGAUUUGCUUCUUAAUAAAAAUGUUGAGGCACCGAAUAUUGGGUUUUCUGAUUGAAAGUAAAGAAACACGAGAUAUGAAAUUUAUUCUUCGGUUACUUACAAGUUUAUAUUAUUUUAAAUAUGUCUAAAUAUGUAUCUUCUUAAACCGUUUGAAAGGCUUAAUUAAAAACUGCAGGCAGAGUAAAUUCCUGAUUAUGUUUUAUAGUAUUGUAUUAAAUGUAAAAUAUUUUUUAAUAAGUUACACUUGGGUUCAAAUGAAGAAUAUGAAGAAAAAUUAACAGAAACACGCAUACCAACAACAGAGAAUAAUAGAGUUUUUAUUCAAGAUUAAGUUUAAAAGAUUUUUCUUAUAAUAAUAAUUCUUUUAAAUGUUAAUUUGUUAUUUUUAAGUAUUAUUUAUAAUAAUUUGAGAGGGUGGAAAACGAGAUAUAAUUUUAUGUAAAGAUUUUGCAAAGUUUGUUCAAUAUCUUCGUUAUAUUAAAUGUUAGUUGCAAUACCGAAAAUCUAAACCAACAGAUUGAUAAAGAAAUAUCAUAAAGUUACGUAAUAUUACGUUAAUCUGUGUUACUUUGGUACUUGGCUUUAAAUCGGUAGGUAAUAGUUUAUCCUUAGAUAAUUCAGAUUUUUACUUAUGAUUAGACUUGUGAUAUGUUAAAGAGCGAUUUUUUUUAUUGUUCAAGUAUUUUAAGAGACGAAUGAUUAAUAUCAGCAUUUUCACACAUUUUUUUUAUUAUUACAACGAAUUAACACAUAGAUGCACUUUACUUUGAUUAUAAUCUCUUUAUUGCAUGGUUCAUUAUACCAAGAAUUUUUCAUUUAAGACGUGUAUCUUUAUUACAUUAACAUAAGAGGAAAUCAUUAUAAUUAAUUUUAUAUAGCACAGUUUAUUCGCAUAUGAUUAUUUUAAAUAAACAUAUUGUCCUACAUUUAUUUAUGUUGAUGUACACACGUUGCUGUUAACAAAUAUACUUCAUGCGUGAUUAAUCUGUGAUAGCGAUAAGAAAUCCAAUAUUUGGUAUUAUCUAUGACUUGAAAGAUUUUUAAUAAAACCUUUUAUAAAACCA